UUUUUUUCCCCAUUCCUUGGUGUCAAAACGAUGUCCAAUAACAAACAUUAUCCGCAGCCAUAAGCUCCCACAGAGUGGCUGAGAAGAUGAACACCGCCACCACCAUGGCCACCGGCUCCGUCUUUCUCUCCGUCCCAACAGUACCAUCCCAAAAGCUCCAAAUUUUAUCUCCGAAACAAGUUUCUCUCACUAACAAUAAGUGGUCUACAUUGCCCUUUCUCUGUUCUACUUCAACUCCUCUUGUAGAAGAAGAAGAAAAAGAAAAUGGGUCUAGUGGUGAUGUUCUUCCAGCUUCGAUAAACCAAGAAUCUAGUUCAAUUUUACCUCCCGGAGCAUGUAAGGGUUGUGGGAGAGUGGAGAUUGAAAGUGGCUGUAAUGGUGAAGGACGGAUACAAGGAGGGAUCGCAACAGUUCCAGGUUUUGGUUGGUGGCCGAUAAAGGCUUACAGGCCUUGCCCUGCUUUUGUUGCUUGUGGUGGUAGGUACAAAAGGUUUGGACAAAGCAUGGAUGAAGUUGUCUCUGGGAAAGGAGGUAGAGUUAGUUCUGUCGGGACAGAUGCUGUGGUUCAAUCAAGGUACAGAUCAAAUUGCACGAAAAAGAACAGAUCAAAGAGCUAACUGCUGGAAGGUAAUUUCAAGAGAUCGGAGGUAGUUUGGCUGAGCACGAAGUUUAAGCUACUAACUUGGCAGUUUCUUUGGCUCUCUAUAGGCUUUUUGUGACAACAAAAAAACUUUGAAUUGUGUGUGUAUUUAUAUAAGUCCCAAAUGGUUAUUUGUGUCAGCAAUUGUAAUGAAGAUGAACUCUAUUGCAACUAGUUCAAACUCCACUCAUGGAACUAUACUAGAUAUUUUGUUGUUAGUUUUGCACUUUGCAACAUGGAGUACACUUGGAUCCAUCUAUUAAUUUUUUGGAGAAAAACUUACUUACACCGAA